AUGGGGGAGAGGCCUGCAUAUCAGCGCCUGGCUGGGGGCGAAGGGGUCCUGCAGCGGCUGGGGAGCAGCAGCAUGCAGCCCGAGGAGGGCACGGGCUGGCUGCUGGAGCUGCUGUCCGAGGUGCAGCUGCAGCAGUACUUCCUGCGGCUGCGCGACGACCUCAACGUGACCCGCCUGUCCCACUUCGAGUACGUCAAGAAUGAGGACCUGGAGAAGAUCGGCAUGGGCCGGCCCGGCCAGCGGCGGCUGUGGGAGGCUGUGAAGAGGAGGAAGGCCAUGUGCAAGCGCAAGUCCUGGAUGAGCAAGGUGUUCAGCGGGAAGCGGCUGGAGGCCGAGUUCCCCCCUCACCACUCGCAGAGCGCCUUCCCAAAGGCCUCGCCCACCCCCGGGGGCCCGGCGGGGGAGGGGCCCCUGCAGAGCCUCACCUGCCUCAUCGGGGAGAAGGACCUGCGCCUCUUCGAGAAGCUCGGGGACGGCUCCUUCGGCGUGGUGCGCAGGGGCGAGUGGGACGCCCCCUCGGGGAAGACGGUGAGCGUGGCCGUGAAGUGCCUGAAGCCCGACGUGCUGAGCCAGCCCGAGGCCAUGGACGACUUCAUCCGGGAAGUCAACGCCAUGCACUCGCUCGACCACCGAAACCUCAUUCGCCUCUAUGGGGUGGUGCUCACGCCACCCAUGAAGAUGGUGACCGAGCUGGCGCCUCUGGGAUCGCUGUUGGACCGGCUUCGCAAGCACCAGGGCCACUUCCUCCUGGGGACCCUGAGCCGCUACGCCGUGCAGGUGGCCGAGGGCAUGGGCUACCUGGAAUCCAAGCGCUUCAUCCACCGCGACCUGGCCGCCCGCAACCUGCUGCUGGCCACCCGCGACCUGGUCAAGAUCGGGGACUUCGGGCUGAUGCGGGCGCUGCCCCAGAACGACGACCACUACGUCAUGCAGGAGCACCGCAAGGUGCCCUUUGCCUGGUGUGCCCCCGAGAGCCUGAAGACCCGCACCUUCUCCCACGCCAGCGACACCUGGAUGUUCGGGGUGACCCUGUGGGAGAUGUUCACCUACGGCCAGGAGCCCUGGAUUGGCCUCAAUGGCAGUCAGAUCCUGCACAAGAUCGACAAGGAGGGGGAGCGCCUUCCCCGGCCCGAGGACUGCCCCCAGGACAUCUACAACGUCAUGGCGCAGUGCUGGGCCCACAAGCCCGAGGACCGGCCCUCCUUCGUGGCCCUGCGGGACUUCCUGCUGGAGGCCCAGCCCACCGACAUGCGGGCCCUGCAGGACUUCGAGGAGCCUGACAAGCUGCACAUCCAGAUGAACGACGUCAUCACCGUCAUCGAGGGGAGGGCUGAGCACUACUGGUGGCGCGGGCAGAACACGCGGACGCUGUGCGUGGGGCCCUUCCCCCGGCACGUGGUGACCUCCGUGGCCGGCCUGUCGGCCCAGGACAUCAGCCAGCCCCUGCAGAACAGCUUCAUCCAUACCGGCCAUGGCGACAGCGACCCCCGCCACUGCUGGGGCUUCCCCGACAAGAUCGACGAACUGUACCUGGGAAACCCCAUGGACCCUCCCGACCUGCUGAGCGUGGAACUGAGCGCCCCCCGCCCCACCCAGCACCUGGGCAGGGUGAAAAAACCAGCCUACGACCCCGUGAGCGAGGACCAAGACCCCUUGUCCAGCGACUCCAAGAGGCUGGGCGUGCGGAAGCCAGGCCUGCCCCGCGGGCUGUGGCUGGCCAAGCCCUCGGCCCGCGUGUCGGGCACCAAGACCGGCCGCGGCGCCGCUGCCGAGGUCACCCUCAUCGACUUCGGCGAGGAGCCGGCGGCCCCGCGGCCCCGCACGCCCUCGCUGGCGCAGCUGGCCAUGGACGCCUGCUCCCUGCUGGACAAGACGCCGCCGCAGAGCCCCACGCGGGCGCUGCCCCGGCCCCUGCACCCCACGCCCGUGGUGGACUGGGACGCCCGCCCGCUGCCCCCGCCGCCCGCCUACGACGACGUGGCCCAGGACGAGGACGAGGACGACUUCGAAGUGCGCUCCAUCAACGGCGCCCCGGGGCCCGGCCCCGGCGAGGCCGACGCCGGCCUCGCGCCCGAGCCGCCGCGGCUGCUGGCCCCGCUGGAGGACAACCUGUUCCUCCCGCCCCAGGGCGGCGGCCGGCCCCCCAGCGCGGCCCAGACCGCGGAGAUCUUCCAGGCCCUGCAGCGCGAGUGCAUGCUGAGGCUGCAGGUCCCCGCCGGCCCGCGGGCCCUGGCGCCCAGCCCGGCGGGCGAGGACAAGCCCCAGGUGCCCCCCCGGGUGCCCAUCCCCCCGAGGCCCACGCGCCCGCGCGGCGGCGGGGAGCUGUCUCCGGCCCCCUCGGGCGAGGAGGAGCCGGCGGGGUGGUGGCCCGGCCCCGCCUCCCCGCCCCGGGUGCCUCCCCGGGAGCCCCUGUCCCCUCAGGGCUCCAGGACCCCCAGCCCCCUGGUGCCGCGCGGCAGCUCCCCGCUGCCGCCCCGGCUCUCCAGUUCGCCCGGGAAGGCCAUGCCCACCACCCAGAGCUUCGCCUCGGACCCCAAGUACGCCACCCCCCAGGUGAUCCAGGCGCCCGGCCCGCGGGCCGGCCCCUGCAUCCUGCCCAUCGUCCGCGACGGCAAGAAGGUCAGCAGCACCCACUACUACCUGCUGCCCGAGCGCCCGCCCUACCUGGAGCGCUACCGGCGCUUCCUGCGGGAGGCGCAGAGCCCCGAGGAGCCCGCCCCCCUGCCCGUGCCCCUGCUGCCCCCGCCCGGCGCUCCGGCCCCCGCCGCCCCCACCGCCACCGUGCGGCCCAUGCCCCAGGCCGCCCCGGACCCCAAGGCCAACUUCUCCGCCAACAACAGCAACCCGGGGGUCCGGCCGCCCGCCCCGAGGGCCACCGCCUGGCUGUCACAGCGGGGCUGCCCGGGGGACGGGCCGGAGGUUGUGCGGCCGACGGAUAAGAUCCAGAUGCUGCAGGCCAUGGUGCAUGGGGUGACCACAGAGGAGUGCCAGGCGGCCCUGCAGAGCCACAGCUGGAACGUGCAAAGGGCUGCCCAGUAUCUGAAGGUGGAGCAGCUCUUCGGGCUGGGUCUGCGGCCGCGGGGCGAGUGCCACAAAGUGCUGGAGAUGUUCGACUGGAACCUGGAGCAGGCCGGCUGCCACCUCCUGGGCUCCUGUGGGCCCGCCCACCACAAGCGCUGA